CUUCUCUACGCGCCCAGAGGACGUUGGUCGUGCCUUGCCUGAAGUUUCAAUCUCGGCGUCACACCCUUCUCCCAUAGUCCGAAUUCAAGUCCAAAGUUCGACCCAGUUUCCACAGAAACCUUGUAACCCCCCUCCGCCUGAAAGGGAAAGGAAAUGAGGCGAUGCAGACUAGAUCCGUCCGAUCCUCCCACAACUUCCGACAGCCCGACGCAAUCUCACCCCGGAACCACCUUCGAACUCUUGAGAGGCAAUGGCACAGGAUGUGGACCAUUCGCUUCUCCAGUCUCCAGGUUCCCAACCUUCUUUAGAUAAUCGGCCGUCGGAGAUUCCGUCGCCUGCAAAAUGGACCUCGGGACCGUCCACCCUCGCUCCCAACGGGCAGUACGGCGAUCGCCAGCCCUUGGAGCCCUUUCCAAAUGGUACGAUGGACCAGGUUUCUACCAUGUCGUACAUCCCCGAGGAAUCGGAGAUGGAAAACGGCGUCGUCUCUCCACCGCAACAGAAAAAGUCAAGGACCCUGCCCGCCUGGAUUCGGUCGGUCGAGGACCUGGAAGAUGAACCAGAAGCCACGGCCACGUCGCGUCUAUUACCUGCGAAUCCCGAUGAAGCCGUCGUUGCCCAGCACAAUCAUUCGCCCCAUGCGACCAGAAGGCCGGAUCCUCCGUACGCAGAUCGCGGCAGCUUGGAGGAUGGGCGCGCUAUAUCCCCCCGGCGUGAGUCGCGCUGGAAGAAUUUCUCGAAGGAAAUAGCCUAUCCACGAGAACCCGGGGUGGAAGAAAAGGCCGUGACGCCGGAAUGGCUGAAUGAAAAUCAUGGCGACUACUCGCAGCCCUGGCGCGGGCAGCGCGCCUCGUGGGAAUGCGAAGAUACUGAGGAUCCGCUGAGGAAGAAACGGCGCAGAGAAAUCUGGUUCAAGCGCUUCCACAACACCCUUCUGAAGAGCCCUAUCGUCCCGCUCAUCUUCCGAUUAACCGUAUGGUGUUUCUCGCUCACUGCUCUGGCCCUUGGAGGCUCGAUUCAGCAUCUGUCCCAGGAAUACGUUCAUCCUCAAGGCCCUUCCGCUUUGAUGGCCAUUAUCGUCGAUGCGGUCGCUCUAGUCUACCUCAUUUACAUCACAUGGGAUGAGUACACUUCCAAGCCAUUGGGCUUGCGUUCUCCCUCGGCGAAGGCACGACUUGUUCUCUUGGAUAUCUUCUUCAUCGUCUUCGAUUCGGCCAAUCUGAGCUUGGCCUUUGAGUCCUUAUCCACCAUAAGUGGCGCCUGUACGGUGGGAGAGAUCAACCAAGAGAUCACUCCCAAGAAUGACCGGAUAUGCGACCGGCAAAUAGCCCUCGCAUCGGUGCUCUUGAUUGCUUUGUUGGCUUGGCUUACAACAUUUGCCAUCAGCGUCCUCAGACUUGUAGAGCGCGCGGCUAACUAGAUGUCGUUUGGUUUGCUAUGUUGACCUAUAUCACCGGGCUUGAUUCACUUCUAAUCUUCUAGUUUUUUUGUUUCUUUUUUAUUUAUUCUUCUUUCUCUUCACUACCCUUUUCCUACGUACAUGACUUAUCUUCCAUUCGAUUUCCUUUGAUUUUGCUUUUUUCUGUGAUACCUACUACUUUUUCCUCUUCGUCUUCAUCUUCUUUUCCUUCCUUUCUUUUCCUUUUCUCUUUCCUAUACUCACUGUUUUCUUUUCCUUUCUUUACUUGUCGGGUGGUGCUAGGAUCUUUGAUGAUGUUUUGAAUACCAUGCUAUGGCCUUGCGAUCUGAGAACUAUGUACAACUAUGUUGAAUGUCGAAAUACACGUGUGGAAUGACCGGAGAACGUAG